CACUAUCCAUCAAACCACACAUAUAUUACCUAGAGAGAGAAACAUUACUGGAUUUGAAGUGAGAGAGAACGCAAAUGAGAGCCAGUGUUUAGCAGCAACACCGAUCGUGGUUUACCAGCCAUUGUAACGAGGACGUGGAGAAGAAGGGAUUGAAGAAGGGGUUCAAGGGAGAUGAAGAUGGCGGCCAUACGUCUGACAUAUUUUCCCGAGUUUCAGCGGCAGGGACAAGAAGCUAGGGUUCCGGCGAAGACAGAAUCCUUGCAGUGUAGGUGCUCUGGUGACCGAUCUAAAGUGGGAUUGAGCUUAAGAAGAUCCGACAAGGUUCUGGUGACCCAACUAUAAUGUAGGUGCUCUGGUGACCGAUCUAAAGUGGGAUUGAGCUUUGGACAGAAUCCUUGCAGUGGUGACGGUAGUGGUUCCACAGGCAGUAAUUAAGUUUCCUUGCGUACAAAUUUAGGGCUAAUUUUGAUAUUUAUAUAUAUAUUUGAUACAGAUUCAAUUUGGAUUUUUUGUUUUUCAUCUGUGUUCCAGACUUUGGAAAACCUCCGAUUCUUCGUCUCUUUCAUUAAUUAACAUAUGUUAUGCCAUUGUUUAAUUGUUAGAUAAUUUUUAGUUGGAGACAUUGCUUUUGAGACAUCUGAAGUGGAUUCUUCAAAAAUGAGACCGAUGCCGUCAUAAUCAAUACAUUCGGUGGUAUACUAUAGGAAGUUGCAAUCUUUUUAUCUGGAGUAAUCACCAGCAAAGAGAGUACUAAAGUAUAUGCAACCUAUGGUAAAUGCAGUUGAAAAGUCAGAAAUGCUAAAGCGUCAUGACAAAGAAGAUACUCAUUGUGAUGGGAUUUACAGUAGAAAGAUAGAAAGAAUGACAAAGAAGGUAAAACCCAGCUAUACACACCUUCAAGGUGUUGGCACCACUGCCAAUAGGAUGUGCAAUCUUCAAGGUGCACUUGGCAACCAUUCCGAUCGCCAACACCAGAUUCAACCCAGCCAGAAGCUGCCGGUCGAUGAAGAGUGACGCUGAUGACGGGUUAACCGGUGCUACUCGGGGAUGUUGUGGAGCAUAUAUGGGACAGUAAGAUUCGAGGCAAAGCGGGUCAAACAUGAUCAACUCGAUCCAAAAGAGCAGUCAUCGUGGACAGACUUUGGACAAAUUGUUAAGCAGCUACAAGAGAGCUUCAACGAAGAGCAAGGAGCUACAUUAUGGAAAAGAUGAAGUUGAGGGAGAGGGGAACAGAAUACCGGCCUGGUUCAGUAUCCAUCGGCAGCCCACAACAUGUUAACUAAACCAGGUUGGCAACAGUUGCUGGUCCAACAAGUCAACACGGUCAAAUGUUAAUAACGUCAGGCAAGGAAUCCGGGACAUCGAGUGGACACGCCGGAGGUGAUAUCCGCGGAAAAGGUGUGCUUUGAAGUUUCAAAGAUGACGGAUAAAGGAAAUGACGAAGCGGUGCCAAGAGUCACCGAACAAAUGAGAGAAGUAAUUGCUGAAGAGGUAGGAAAAGCAAUCGAGAAUAGUUUGUCGGGUUUUAUCGAUAAAAUCCAAACCACGGUGUUAUCAGUGGUGGAUGAAAGGAUAAAGAAAUUGGAGGAUAGUGCAAGUUCAGCCAAGGAGAAAUUAGUAGAGCGUAAGGGUUGCUCGUACAAAGAAUUUAUGGCAUGCAAACCGCCACUCUACAACGGAGAAGUGGAUCCGAUAGUGUGUCAAAGGUGGUUAAGUGAUAUAGAGGGGGUGUUUGAGAGAACCCACUGUGACGCAAAUGACUUCGUGGCGUAUGGCACGGGUCAACUGAGAGGACAAGCAAAAGACUGGUGGGAUAAUAAGAAAAAGGAAAUCGGUAGUGAAGAAGCGAAAGCGAUGACAUGGGAUGAGUUUAAGGUACCCUUCCUUAAACAUCACAGUCCCAAGGCGGUUAUUAAUCGAAUCAAAGAGGAAUUUAUCCAGCUUAGGCAGAAGGGCGAGUCCAUUGAUAAAAUCACGGGAACUUUUCUUGACAAAUUAAGGUUCUGUGAUGAAUUGGUGACGACCGAAGAGCAGAAGGUGUAUUAUUAUUAUAAUAUGCUAAGCGCGGAAUAUCGGGAGUUCAUGACUCCCUCAAAAUACGAAACCCUCACCGAAAUCAUCAACGCCGCUCGGGAAAGAGAGAUAGAGUUGAAGAAACAAAUAGAGAGGGGUGAAAGAAGGACGCAAGUGGUUAAUCCAAGUCCCACGAAAAAGGCACGCGUGAGUGACUCGUCAAAGAAGCAAGAAGGAAAGAAUAGCACGCCAAGCUGUAAAGUGUGUGGGAAAGGGCACAAGGGUGAGUGCCGGUUUAAGGACAAGCCGUGUCCUAUAUGCGGGAAGACAGGGCACACGGCUGUAUUGUGCCCGGGGAAAGUUUCGGUAUGCUACAAAUGCUAUCAGCCGGGUCACAAGAAAUCCGAGUGUCCGGAAUUGUCCGGAAAGAAGGAAGACAAGGGUGCGCACACUGAAGCACCAAAAGCAAAAGCUAGAUCUUUCCAGCUAACGGCAGUGGAGGCAAAAACGGAACCCGAUGUGGUCUCAGGCAAGGAAUCCGGGACAUCGAGUGGACACGCCGGAGGUGAUAUCCGCGGAAAAGGUGUGCUUUGAAGGUACAAAUAAAUCUCUCUCGGAUGAUGAUCAAGCACCUUGUCAAGAACCGAACACGCAAACUGAAGCUUCCGCAUGAAUAUAAUUUUGUCUAAACUUUAAACAUGUCAUAAAUACUUUUGGUUGAUGGUGUUUUGAAUCCUUUAGCUAGUUGUUAGUUGAUUAGUAAGGAUGGCUCUUAAAUGAAUUUUGUACCAUCUUAAAUAUGUUUGGGAAAUUACACUAGUAUGUAUGGUUUAAAACAGUAAAUACUUUUGUAAACUCUGAUUUUAUAAAGUAUCAUGAAACAUUUCGAUAUAUUAUGUUAAUUUAUUAA